AUGUCAGGUGGUUAUUUGAGAAAUGAAGGAUACAAUCCAGUUGAUGGAAACGUUUUCGAAUCUUUCAAGAGAAUGAAUGAUAUCUUUUCAGUCAAUGAUGGACGUCGUUAUUAUCGUGAGUUGGAAAAUACUUGCUAUGAUAGUGAUGCACCAUACGAUUUUGAAAAACAAACACACAUGAGAUUGACAAAAAUUGAACAUGAUAUUAACUGUUUAGGAGAAGCUUAUUUCAAACGUCAUGUUAAAAUAAAAAUAAGAUCAUCAGUUGAAUUCCCACAUCAAACUGCUGAUGAAAAAAGAUUAGAUAUUUGUGAUUAUCUCGAUUGUAAUAGAAUUUUUGUUGGAUUUAAGUCAAGUAAUCAAAUAUUUAGACAGUUAGAAGUUGAAACAGACAGGGGUGAUACAGGUUAUUUGCAAAUGGAAAUGGUGAAAGAAGGUUUUGCAUACUCAACAUAUAAGCCAAAGUCAGAAAGAAAGACAAAGAAAUUUGUUCAUUCAUUGUAUAACAAUGUUCAAAAAAUGGAUAAUUCAGUAUGUGGCACCUACUUUAACCCUAAUGAUGGACAAUGGCAAGGAAGAGAACGUUAUAUUGAAUUUGAUAUGAUUAUUCCAUUGAAUGAUUUAUUAGCUUUCCAGGCAUUUGAUGACUAUCUAAAAAGUUUCGGAGAUAUUAUCUUAAAGUAUUAUAAUACACCAUAUUCUUUAGUAUAUUGCCAAGUUGAUCCUGCAAGAGUUGCUGACAUACGUCAUGUAUGCUUUGGAAAGUUGACUGCUGACGAAUAUUCAACAAUUAUAACACAAGAUUGGAAAUAUGCAAGAGAAUUUGAGCAAAUAGGUGAAGAUACUGAUUUGAUAUUAGGUUUUAAGAAAACACUGAAAGUACCAGCAACUGCAACAGCAUUGAACGAUAAAACUCCAGCUCAAUGGGUUAGUACUGAUUUUAAAAAGGUGGAUAAUGAUGUAAAAUAUGAAAUUAUUAAGUAUAAAGAGGGAGCCGAAGAAAAGAAAUUUAACAUUAAUGUUGUUGGAAUGGAAAUUACGGAAGAUAAAUUCAUUGUACCUGGAUUUGGUGUUAUUGAAUCCACAGCAAGAGCAAUUCCAACAUUGUUUAACCGCAAUGAUCCAUUUAUGAUUUCUGCUCAACAAAUUGACGUCAGAACAUUAAAUAACGGAUGUGUGAAUUCUAAUGGUAUUGUAAGUGACUUUACAUAUGCACUCCAUAAUGUAACGGAUAUUAUAACUGUGUAUCCAAUACAACAAUCACAACGUACUAUGUUUAGGAACCCUAUGGUAAGGAACUUGCAAAUAACUAUUGAUAGACGUAACUUCCCUGAUAAUGCAAUGAGUACAGUUGGUGAUAUCUUCUUUACUCGUAUGCUACAGGCUUCUGAUUUAGAUGGUGUUAAUGAAUGCACAGAAGAAUACGAGGAUAGCUUAACUAGAGAAAGAGCAAAUGAUAAACAAUUUAUUAAGCCAUGGAAAGAUGGAACAUCAUUUAUUUGCACUAUUCCUGUAAUGCGUGAUGGUGGAAGUGUAUUCUUUGAUGGUAUUGAGACCAAGAACAAUCAAGUUUCUAUUAGACUUCAAGCAAACCCAAUUAUACGUGGAAAAGAUGUUAAUUGUAAAGAAGCAAAAGCACCUCCACAGAUGUGGUUCACAAGAACAACGUAUUGGACAUGGUGUCCAGAAGAAGGUUUAAAGUAUCAUUCAACAGGAACACCAGCUAAAUAUGCUUCUCCAGCAGAUAAUAUUUAA